AUGGAAGAGGAACUCUAUAAUGGUUUCUAUCCGAACCGGCACAUCUACUACUCGACCGCCUACCCGUACAGGUACGUGUCAAUUCAUCAAUCUUUCUGCCGAAAACUUCUCACUUGUUCGUUUCCGUCCUCAUUCGCUAAUCUUCCAAGACGCGCACAUUUCAAUAUUCAAGGACGCAUGCAUAAGAAGUUCCCCCCGGGAAUUUACCGCAAACAAAACAAAACAGACCGAAACGGGAAAUUAUCCGUCGAGGACAUCGCUCUCAAUUUCCAGAAGUCCGUUCGCGUUGAACCGACCCUAUUUGGAGGAUGACUACACCGACUACUACCGAGAUUACCUGACCAAGACGAACAGUAACUUUGCGAUCAGGGACUAUGAACGCAAGAUUCGAGUCUUCGACUCCUCCAUCUACUACAUUCGUGUCCUUUCUUAUGCUCAAGUCAGUUUGUGUGAUGUGUUCGCAUUACUGUAUGCACUUGCUUUCAGAUUUUCCUCGCCGGUAUUUUAUUGGUGACCGAUGUCUCGAAGAACGUGCUUCUCUGGAAUUACAUCCAGAUGAACGGCGUGAAAAUCGAGAUGCUCGCCCACGUCAUCUUCCCCAUUUUUGCUCUCAUCGUCGGUUUCAUUUGUCUGACGGCGAUUCUGAAUCCGUCGAAGGCGUUGACAAAGUGCGUUGCCAUCCUUCUACUCGUGAUUAUUGUGCCAAACUUUAUAUUCCCAAAGUACUCUGUAUUUAUGACAAGUGAGUUGUUUCCUUUUACAAGUAUAAUUACGGUUUCUUCUGUUUUAGCAGCAAUAGAAUCAGUCGAAAUCAGUCAAGUGAUGGAUCGAAGUCCGCUCGGAAAGGACGUCGACAUGAUCAAAUCGGAGACUCACAACCGAAUGUCCAAGAUUCUGAUGCUGUCGACGAACCGAUGGCCGUUGGGCGUGUCCGAUCUGACGAGUCUCCCCACCGACUUUGUGCUCAUGAUGCAGUACUUGCUCAUCGCGUACUCCGUCUUCUCCCUUUCAUUGUUCAUGUUUUACGUCAUCACCCUCUUCUGUUUUGUACGAUUGAUUUCGGUUCAAUGA